AGGCUUUUACUAAAACUUAAAUUUUCAGCUGGUUGUACGAUGCGUUCAGUCAAGGACGCAAUCGCUUAUGGGUUGCAAAAAGCACAGUACAAAGAUGUUCGUGAACAUCAAAGGAAAGUAAUCGAGGGUUACUGCAGUGGAAAAGACGUAUUUCUUUCGGCGCCAACAGGAUCAGGAAAAAGCUUGACUUUCGAAGUUGCUCCCUAUGUUUUCGACUAUUUAGAGCACGGCGAAAGACUGGAAGUGUGUUCUGUCUGCUUAGUUGUUGUGCCACUGGUCGCCCUUAUGAAGGACCAAGUUACCUCUUUAGUUGCCCGAGGGAUAUCGGCUGCUUCAGUUGGAGCAGACUGCACGAGGGAACAAGUAAAAGAAAUUUCGGAAGGAAAAUACUCGCUGGUAUUUGGAAGCCCCGAAGCUCUCUUAAAUAGCCACCGAAAUAUUUUUCACGGCAAUCUCAGGAAAAACCUUAAGGCUGUUUUUGUCGAUGAAAGUCACUGCAUGAAAUAA